AUGACAUCCAUCUCAUCACCAACCCCGUCGUCCUACGCCUCUUGCUCCCCUACCUCCACCACCUCGAGCAAACGCGCCCGCGUAUCCGCCGAGCACACACUCUCCCGCGUGCGCGAGAACCAGCGCCGCCACCGCGCCCGCAGGAAAGACUACAUCGCGACGCUCGAGCAGAAGCUCGCCGAGACAGAAGCCCAGCUUGCGGCCGCGCGCACAGAGAUUGAGAAGCUGCGGGAAGAGAAGGAGGCCCGGCAGGCUCACCACGGCGACGGCGGUGCCGGAAAGGAAUAUCCCUAUCCGAGAGUGGACACGAGCAUGAGCAUGAGCAUCGAGAUGCUCGCGCUGGAGCGGCUGGUUGACACGUUGCCCGCGCCGCCGCUGGGCGACGUCUUCGCGUUCAGCCUGCCGUCGCCGUCGCCCUUGCCCUCGCCCUCGCCAGACGCAGACUCGGCACAGCUCUCCCCAGACGUAACCGCCACCCUCGACGACGCGCUCAUCCCCCUCACCGGCCCUCCCCCCUGCUGCACCGACAUCGCCCCGGAGCCGACCCCACCCUCCCCCGAGUGCACCACGUGCCACACGCGCCCGGCGCCGCUCCCCACGGAGAGCACCACGCUCUGCGCCCAGGCGUACGUGCUGAUUGCGCAGCAGAACUUCCGCGGCAUCGACGCGGGGACGAUCCGGCUGUGGCUGUGGCAGGGGUAUCGGCGGGCGCGGCGGGAGGGCGAGGGGUGCAGAGUCGAGAACGGGGCGUUGUUUCGGUUGUUGGAUUAUAUCAGUGGGGGGGUUUAG